UUCCUCUUUUCUUCUAGUUAGAGAACUUUGGAAUUUUUGUUCAACUCAUCAACUAUAUUAGAAGAAAAAAAAAAGGAGAAAGAUAAGAACAAUUUCAUCAAUUAAAAAAUCCCCAUUAAAAUAAAACUCUUUCUUCCUCAAAGUUUUGAAGAAGGAGAGAAGAAAAAAGAGAAUAACCCAUUAUUCCUUCAUCUUCUUCAUUACUUCCACGCAAUCCAAAUUUCUCUCUUUCCAAAUUCUUCUUCUUUGUACUUCUUUUACCCUCUUAUUUUCGCCCUUUUGCAAAGUUCCUUUUUCCUGUGUUGGUUUAAUCGGUUGAUUUUUACUGUACUUUUGUUGUUCUGUUUCAUCAAUUGAUCAUUACAAUUGCUGGGUUUCAGGAAUUCAGUCAGCUUUAAUUGGUUGUUGCUGAAACAGAUUCAUUUUGGCAGAACUCAAAAGUUGUAGUUGUUUCCUUAUGCCAAUUUGGACCUUCAUAUGAUCAGCUAAGCAUCUUUGGGGAAUGGACUUACCAUAUAAGCCUACUGCAGUUGCUUGCAAAUAAUGUCCAGUUGGCAAGGGGGUAGAAAUGCUCUGAGCAUAUUCAAGUGGAGAAGACCUGGUGAUCCUUCUCUAUCCACAGGCCUACUUAAUGAUGUUCCUCCCGAGAUCGAAUUAUCUGGCUAUGGAAGGGUACCGAGUCCUGGUAGCGAAAGCCCCUCUGGGCUACUUAAUGGGGAGAGCCUGAAAGUUGAACCUAUUUCUGAUUUGGAUCUGUUUUUUGAAAGGCUUUACAGCUACUAUUGCGAAAAAGGGAUUUGGUGUAUUAUAGUGAAGUGGAUAUGCGAACUCCUUACUCUUGCUUUCACAAUAUGCUUUGCCGGAUUUCUCUUACUAUUUGUUGACUGGAAUGGGCUUCUCAAUGCUAAGUGUGGAAUGGAUGCUGUUGAAUCUGGCACCAAGCUGUGUGACCUAGGAAAAGAAGCUUUCCGUGAUCACCCUUUAACCCAGCUUACAACUCUCAAAGCGACUUUUCUUGGGUAUUUGGGACUAUUUUCCAUAUAUUGGGUCUUCUGUUUUUUGAGAUUUUUCACGCAGCUGAAAGAGACACUCAGGAUACGACACUUCUAUUACAACUGUCUCCAUGUUACAGAUAAUGAGUUGAAGACUAUGCCAUGGCCAUCUAUUCUUGAGAAAGUGGUUCGUGCUCAGAAUUCACAGAAGCUAUGUGUGGUUAAGGAUCUGUCUGCUCAUGAUAUUGUAAUGCGAUUGAUGCGGAAGGAAAAUUACUUGAUUGGCAUGAUCAACAAGGGGAUUCUUUCUUUUGAAAUCUCUAAGUGGUUCCCUGGUGCUGGUCCAACUGUGAAGUUUGGCCUUAAUAGGGGUCGUGAACGCCUCAUAUUGACAAGGACGCUUGAGUGGACCUUAAAUUGGUGCAUAUUGCAUAGCAUGUUUGACAGAAAAUUCUGUAUCAGGGAGGAUUUUGUCUCGAAUCCUGGUACAUUGAGGAAAAGACUCGUAAUAGUUGGAAUUGUGAUGCUUCUUCUAGCUCCAUGUUCAGUGAUAUUCAUGCUGUUUUUUCUCUUCUUGAGACAUGCUGAACAGUUCUAUAACCACCCGACAACAGCAUCAUCUCGAAGAUGGUCAAAUUUGUCAAAGUGGAUGUUUAGGGAAUACAAUGAGGUGGAGCACUUCUUCAGGCACCGUAUGACCAGCAGUGUACCACAUGCUUCAGAUUACUUGAAGCAAUUUCCAUCUCCCAUACUGUCCAUUGUUGCUAAAUUUAUCUCCUUCAUAUCUGGUGGCCUUGCCGCAGUGUUGAUCAUCAUUGGAUUCGUGGAAGAGUCUCUGCUGGAGGGCCAUAUAUUUGGCCGUAAUUUGUUCUGGUACGCUGCUGUAUUUGGAACUAUAACGGCUAUCAGCCGGGCUGCUGUGACCGAUGAGCUUCUCGUUCUUGACCCUGAGGGUGCAAUGUCCUUGGUUGUUCAGCACAGUCACUACAUGCCAAAGAGAUGGCGGGGUAAAGAAAACACAGAGAUAGUCCGAAUGGAGUUUGAAACUUUAUUUCAGUAUACAGCAAUGAUGUGGCUGGAGGAGAUGGCAUCUAUUUUACUAACUCCUGUUUUGCUCAUAUUUGUUGUUCCGAAGCAAGUGAAUGAGGUCCUGCAGUUCAUCAGUGAAUUUACGGUAUACGUUGAUGGUGUUGGUGAUGUUUGCAGCUUUAGUGUCUUUGAUUUUCAAAAGCAUGGCAAUGCAAAUUAUGCUUCUCCAUAUAAUUCACUUCCCUCCCAGAGGAGCUCCCAAGGCAAAAUGGAAAAAUCCUUUUUGAGCUUUCAGACCAGCUAUCCAUCUUGGCAACCAGAUUCUCAAGGAAUGCAAUUUCUGACCACACUCAGAAAAUUCCGGAAUGAAAAAUUGCGAGGGCCUAUGUCUGGGUACACGUAUUCACCACCCAGAAGAUGGCAGCAGAGUCCGCGUAUCAGAGAUCAAAGCACUAGAAACAGCUACUUCAGAAGGGAAUCGCCUUACAACAGUCCUGGACCGGGCUAUCAUUUGGGUUCUCUUUGGCUCAUUGAGACAGAUCCAAAAAGUUACCCUUAUCUUCUGGACUGGUUUUAUGUGUCCGGCGCUCGCCGAGUACUUGGUAAUAUUACCAAUGUCCCCACAGUUUCUCUGGACGACGAUGUGCAAGGCAAAGAUUCUUGGCUGGCAUCCUUACAUAAUGAAGGUGAUCAUGGAGAUAGGUUGCCUGAUUUCUUUGACAAUCGGUCGACGCCCCAUCUAGAAGCUUCCACUUCAUCUUCUGUCUUCCUAGAGGAACAAAGUGUCUUUCGGCAUCAUGACUCGAGCACCAUGCUGCCUCCAGGCAGGAGCCUUUGGUGGGCUCGUGGUGGACCUAGCACUGCGGACCCACAACAAGGCAGCUUUCUUGAGCCUCCCGACUUCAGGCACCAUGGUGGGCCCCAGCAAAGCAGCUUUCUUGAGCCUCCCGACUUCCGGCAUCAUGGCGUGCCCCAACAAGCCAGCUUUCUCGUGCCUCCUGAAUUUGACCACCAAAAUGCUGGUGAUUACUAUGAAAGCCAUUCAGAGACGAGCAUAGACGAGCAAGAACAACAGCUGGAUUGGGGCAAGUUCAACAAGUUAUCUCGCACGAGUUAUCAAGAUGAAUUUAGUACUAGUGGUGGAGAAUUCAAGCUUCAUUUUGAUGAUAUCUUUAAACCUUCAGAACCCCCCACCAUGAAUAUAGACCCUAGAGACUUAGCCUGAUGUUAACUGAUUCUUGUUCCCUUAGAAGGGAUUGUUGGUUCAUUUCUUUAUUUGGGUCUUUUUGGUACAUAGUCUUUUUAGGGUGAAUAUCUCCUUUUUGUUUGGUGCAAGGAGAUUAAAAAUCAAAAUUCUUUGCUGUACAUAAUUCAUGGCAUCACAAAAGGUCGAAUUUAGAAUUGACCUUUCUCCUCUUUUGGGAAAUGUACAAAAAACAUGUCACUUGUAGGUGGUAGUUGUUCCUUUUUUCAUUUGUGCAUAUGCUAUUGCUGCUA